AUGGCCGAGAUAAUUCCAAAGCUGGAAAACUACAAGCAGCGCGAUAACAGCAUAGAGAGGCUCUACACGUUUAAAGGGUUUAGAGGAGCCGUUAAGUUUAUAAACGCCGUCGCAGAUGAAUGCGUGAAGCAUAAUCACCAUCCAACGAUCACCAACAUGUAUGGUCAUGUUAGACUGAAUUGGCUGACGCACUCCACAGCGCAAGCCGUGCCUGGGAUUACAUCGAAAGACAUUGAGCUAGCGUGGGAAUGCAACAAGGCUUAUCAAACAGCAUUCGGUGCUAGGCCUUAUAACGAUAGAGAGAGGGAAUUGGAAGGAAUGUAA